UUUAUCAGCUAGCUCUCUCUCUCUCUCAUACAAUAAAAACGGGUAUUUUCCCUCGGUUUAUUUCGCCCACACCCGUCUCUUGGAUGUAUGCAUAUGGAUGUGGUUCAAUAUUAUUAAUUAUAUAGGCUAUUCUAAUUAAUUAUAUAGGCUAUUCUAAUAGGCUGCUAUAUUUAGUGAGAUAAAAAUAAACAUGACCGCAUGACUACAGUAUAUAAACACUGCGUUUCGCGAUAUUUCAUCAUGCACUGAAACGCAAGAGAGUUAAUAUUAAUCGUCAGCAGGAAUUUAACAUUUUGCAGUCGGACUGAUAUGAUACACAAAUUCUUCACAAUGGCUCACGAACAAAAUCAUCACCAUUCUGCUCGACAUCACAGGCAGGCGCAGGCCUCCCUUCACGGGCCUCUUCCGCCCCACCGUUUUUUCUCAGGUCCGCCACACCAACGGGUCUCUAAAUACUCCUGUGUCAAACAAGAGGAGGGUGACUUUGAACUUAUUAUCGAAGCAUGGGGGUUACGAGAAAGUUACACCCCAGUCACAAGUGAAAUCUCCCCCCUGUAAUCUGUACAUUGGGAAUCAUUUCUGCAUUCGAAUUUACGACUACUUCGCACUGCAGAAGUCGAUACAGAGCAACAGGGAUGGAGGUUUAUUUCACCUAGAUUUCGACCCAGCGGUGCACUUCAAAUGUAUGAAGCUGUCAGAGGCAGCGGAAAAAAUCUGGAGUGUUCCGAACGCUGGGGGAAAUUCUGUUAUUUCGGAAGUCCUGUCCUUUGAAACGUUUCACAAGAGUUUCCACGCCAAGCUUCUCAAGACUGAAAUGGAGGUGUCUUACUUUCCGGAGGGAGGAUCAAUAACAGAUUAUGUGUGUGAAAUUUUCGACACAAAAGUGGGUGUGUCUGUCACACGUGCGAUGAAGUACCGUGGUGACUUUACACAGGAGGACGCUAUGAAUCUUUUGAUGAAGAAACUCAAAGGGGUAAACCAGGCAAACAGAAAUACAUUAGAGAAAUGGAGCAAACAGAUAUUGCACGUCUGGGUUCAAAACAAGGAAACGGCUAAUCUAAUCACCAAAGCGUUCCACGACCUUCCUACCGACCUCGUGUCCAACACAGUGGUGGUCAUCUCCCGGACCCGCCGGUCAGACUUCAUCUUCUACAACCCCUGACAGAAAGGCUUCUCAGGGCUCAACCCAAGCCCAGGAUAUACCGAUAUAUCUCAUUAUAGGUGCUCAGGGGUGUACUCACGCACUUCGAAAAGCGAUCCAGAAUUAGAAACGCAUGAUUGUCUCUCAGAAGUUUUACACCCACAGUGCAAAAUGAAGCUGGUAUCCUAGAAAGGACUUCAUUCAGCUCAGAAUCAAGCACCGAAAACCCCAACAGAACCGUGUCCAAGCACCGAAAACCUCAACAGAACCAAGCACCGAAAACCCCAACAGAACCGUGUCCAAGCACCGAAAACCCCAACAGAACCAAGCACCGAAAACCCCAACAGAACCAAGCACCGAAAACCUCGACAGAACCAAGAACCCCAACAGAACCAAGCACCGAAAACCUCAACAGAACCAAGCACCGAAAACCUCAACAGAACCAAGCACCGAAAACCUCAACAGAACCAAGCACCGAAAACCCCAACAGAACCAAGCACCGAAAACCCCAACAGAACCAAGCACCACCGUGUUCGGAGAAAACCGGAGACAUGAUCUGCGGAAGACAGGACAGAAUAUAGGUAUACAGCUGCUGUAUCAGAAAGCACGUGACUGCACAUGUUUCUCUGGUAUAUUUGUAUUUUUAAUAAAAGAAUACAGUAUGA